UCCCUUCUGCUUGUUUUUCCUGUGCUUGUUUUUGUUGUUUCGUGUCCUGUUUUGCUUGCAGAGAGAGUGCAACAAGUGGUCUAAUUUUCUUAUGUUCCUCUGUUUUUCGUUUUGACGUACUCAGAUGUGUGUUCUACAGGAAUUAGUAUUGGGCUGUUUUUUAUUUUACCUGCCUUAAUCAUUUUAAGGAAAGGUCACAGGUUACGCUAGAACCAAAGAUGGCAGUCCAAGGAAUCAUUGACAUAUCACAAACUCCAGUGACCAAACUUCGUGAUCGAACCAAAACCCUUUUAUCAGCAUCUCUGAAUCAACUCAGAGUUAUACCCACCGACGACAACAUUCCAAGAGAUUGGCGAGGAGUCGCUCAUUUUGCUGAAGUAAACACCAGGUCAUUAUCACAGUCUUCAACACCAUUUGAAGAUGUUCUCAAACAAUGGGUAGAAAACAAACUUACUUCAGAGGGAUCACCACCAACUUUCAAAGACCUUCAAGAUAUCCUGGGUCAAAUAGAUCGUUGGGAUGUUUAUGAUGACUCUGAAGAAAUGAUGAAAAGUGAUGCUGAAUAUUACUCUCAGUCUCUUUUGCAAAUUCAGCCUGCUCCACAUGAAGCUAUCAAACCAUUUCAGAAUGGUUGUUUGACAACCGAGGAUGUUGAGAGAGUUCGUCAGGGUUUACCUCUCAUCAAGUAUGAUGCUUUUCUAUUGUAUGCUGAUGAAGAUCUUUCAUAUGCAAAAGUUAUGAUUGACAAAUUAGAAAAUAAUUUCAAACUGAGGCUUGUGGUUAAGGAUCGAGACUUACUCAGUGGAGUGGGUCUCGAAUUUUCAGCUAUCACAAAGCUGAUUGCAGAGCGCUGCUCAAGCCUCAUUGUCAUUCUGUCACCAAAUCUCCUCAACAGUCAUGAAAAAAUGUUUUUCCUUUCAUUUGCUCAAACAAUAAGUAUCACACAACAGAACGAGAGAAAUGCAUGCAAGAGAAUUGUACCCUGCCGAUAUGAACCAUGCAGCUUACCAAUAGAGAUUUCUUAUCUCUAUUGUCUAGAUUAUCGGCAGGCAUCAAUGUUUGGAAACUUUUGGCCUAGACUUAGGGAUUCCAUCAUGGCUGCAAUUGAUAGACCAAUUCCAAAUCUCAUUGAGGCUACAAGUAGCAGGUGUGAAAUAACUGAAAUCACAUCUCAAGAAAUAAAGUCUCAAGAAAUGAAGUCUCAAGAAAUGAAGUCUCAAGAAGUGAUGUCUGAAGAAAAUUUGAAGAAUCUCAAGAAUCCAGAAAUCAAGCCUUUGGUAGAACCUAGAGAUACUGUGCAAAAUACUGCUGAGGUGGUUAUGUCAGAUCCUUCAACCCAUUACCCUGGCAGCAGUUUAGAAGAAACUCCUGAUAUUCCCUUUGCCAUCCCUGAGGACACGCCGGGUCAGACUUCAAAGACCAACAGAUUCUUUAAUUUGAAACACCUGACAAAUCGGUUUAGGAGGAAGGAUAAAAAAGAGAAGUUGGCAAAAAAGAAGAUGGUUUUGGCAGCAUGAUGAAAGAGAUUUUUAAGUAUUGUGGUUUUAUUUAUGAUGGAGAAUCUCUUAUUUUACCUGGUACAAGCAUGGAAGGCUUGUCAAGAUGUUUUCAUAGAUGUAUUUUAAGUCCUGUUCCUGAUUAAGUGCUGGCACAAGUAAUUCAGACUGAAUAGAGAUUAUUAAUUUUUUAUACAAGAGUUAUUACUUUGUAAAUUUUGCUAACCAAUGUUUUUGAGAUAUUUUUUUAAGAUCUUCAGUUAUCAGAGUGUAACAGAGGAGAAGAAGACAUGCCAAUUUUACACAUGUUCUUUUUUCCCAAAGAAGAGAUUAUGUAUAUAGGAGUUUGGAUUUCA